ACAUAUUUUUCAAUCUGUUUUUCUCUCUUUUUAUCUCUGCUAUCAUUUCUCUCUCUCUCUUUCUCUCUUUCUCUCUCGUAUGCUCACUAGUUGUCUCGCUCUAACUCACGCUUCUUUUCUUCUGCCCUUCUCUCUCUCUCUCUCUCUCUCUCCCUAUUUCUUUCUCUUUUUCAUCUAACACAAGCAUCGUUGACUCGUGCUAUGCGGAUACCCCGAUAGAAUCGCUACCACCGUUGCUGCCGCUACCGUGUCACAUGGGGCGAGACUCUUUCUGUCUCUCUUUCUCUCUCUCUCUCUCUCUCUCUCUCUCUCUCUCUCUCUCUCUGUCUAAAGGCGUCAUAUCGUCGUAGAACGCGUACCCGACGAGAUAGUAAUCCUCAUUAUUGUUGGCAGCCGUGACUCUAACGGUGGAAAGAAACGAAGAAGACUAAAUAUUCUCUCUUUCUCUCUCUCUCUUUCUCUCUCUGUUUUUUCAUCAAUCUAUCUCUCUCUCUCUCUCUCUAUCUCUCACUUUCAUUUUUCUCAUUUCACGAGACAUCUUCCUGUUUCCAUCUUUCUCUACCCUUUCUUUCUUUCUUUCUUUCUCUCUUCUCUCUCUCUUUCUAUCUCCCAAUUCAAUCUCCUAUCCUUGUCAUUCUUAUUAGCGAUUGCUUACUCGCUCACUCGCUCACUCGCUCGCUCGUUGGUUGGCUUGGUUGACCGGCCAAGUCUAUCUCUCUCUCUCUCUCUCUCUCUCUCUCUCUCUCUCUCUCGUACUAUCUCUCGCUUCCUCCACCACAUGCUUACUUCUAUCUCCUUCUCUCUGUCUCUCUGUCUCUUUCUCUCUUUCUCUACCUAUCUCUUUUAUACCUUUUCAUUGCCUCCCUUCCGUGCAGUGUCCUGUAGCGCGUGAGACCGUUACUACGCUCGUUUAUAUUUUCGUGGUAAUAUACAGUGGUAAAUUGUGCGCGAAGUGAGCCGUCCGGGAGAGUCAAAGACAGACAGAGAUAGAGAGACGUACACACACCCAUCCACCCACCUACCCACACACACACACACACAUACAUACCUACAUACAUACAUACAUACAUUACUUACACACGUUAUUACAUAUAUAUAUCAUCUAUAUACAUAUCAUAUAUUACACACAUAUAUACACGUAUACAUAUUCAUAUAUAUAUAUAUCACGCACGCGGUUAGACGACGGAUGGAACGACGCCGUUGGCAGUGAACGACAACGACGGCUAAGACGAGGACGAAGAUUGGAACGGAGACGACAGAGACGAAGACGAAAAGAUCGUCGAUAAGCACGCAUAAAAAUCUUGAAAGAAUCGAUUGGCAAACAGGAAAGUGCGAAAAGUGACGCUAACAUGCCGAUGGAAUUUUUAGAUCGAUUACCCGUGCCCAAUCUAAGAGUUUACACGACCCUCAGCUUCGCUGUACUAUCUUGUUCCGUUUACUAUGCCGCUCAAAUUGUAAAAGAUCCCGCAUGGCGAGCAAAUCAUACGAGUAUAAUUGAGGGCAUCGACGACGUAAUGGAAAAUGGCACGAUGACUUAUCCAAAAAGUUUCGGUAUGCACUUCAAAGAGUUACUGUCCUUCAUGGCACAGGAUCCUGCUUGCAUUUGGACUUUGAUAAACAUGGCUUACUGCGUGCUGAUACUCCUAGGCAAGACUAUUCAAAAACUAGUCUUCGGUGAUUUACGAGUUUCCGAGAGGCAACAUCUCAAGGACAAAUUCUGGAACUUCGUAUUUUACAAGUUCAUAUUCGUUUUUGGUGUGCUCAACGUACAGUACAUGGACGAGGUUGUACUUUGGUGUGCAUGGUUCACAGCACUUGGAUUUUUGAGUCUACUGAGUCAACUUUGCAAGGAUCGAUUCGAAUACUUAUCCUUUUCACCUACGACCCCAGGAUGGAGUCACGCCCGACUCCUUGGACUUUUGGCAGGAAUAUUAGCUUUUUCUGCAUUCAUGCUCCUGUUGUGCACCGCAGCAGUUUUCUUUUUAGUGACCUUUAAUACUUUCGCCUUCAUGGCGGCCGAGUGCAUACUAUUGGCUGUCCGUACGAUUCACGUAAUACUGCGUUAUGUGAUUCAUCUGUAUGACACACGUGGUGCUGGUACAUCCUCUCAACGUUCAUGGGAUAAACGUGGACCUUUGACCUAUUACACGGAUUUGGCAUCAGAACUAACUGCUUUGGCUGUUGAUUUCUUUCAUCACGUUCAUAUGUUACUUUGGAGCAACAUCUUCCUUAGUAUGGCAUCAUUGGUCAUAUGUAUGCAAUUACGUUAUCUAUUUUACGAGAUCCAACGAAGAAUCACCAAGCACAGGAAUUAUCUGGCUGUACUUAGCCACAUGGAACAAAAUUAUCCAAUGGCAUCGCAAGACGAAUUGGCAGACAAUUCAGAUAACUGUGCAAUUUGUUGGGAGAAAAUGGAGACGGCACGUAAGUUACCCUGUGGACAUUUGUUCCACAAUUCUUGUUUGCAGUCUUGGUUGGAACAGGACACAUCUUGUCCUACGUGUAGAUUGGCAUUGAGUAUGCAAGCCAAUCAUAGAGAGAAUACACCCGAAUUAGCAUUGGAACCGCAAACACCAACAAGAAGAAACGACAAUCAUUUCUUUCAUUUUGAUGGAUCCAGAUAUGUUUCUUGGUUACCAAGCUUUUCUGUUGAGGUUUCGCAUAGUCGACUUCGUGGUAAUAUUUUUACGAUGGCUCAUACUAAUUCUCAGAUGGAUGCAAUGGCUAGACAGGUACAACAGCUCUUUCCACAUUAUCCACGGAACGUGAUACUAGAGGAUCUGAGAAUUACACGAUCGAUCGAAUGGACUAUUGAAAACAUACUCGACGGAGUGUUGAUUUUACCUCAUCACUUGAUCGAGGAAGCGCAAGCCGAAUUUGUUCCGCAAACGCAAACGCAAACGUCCACGGUACACAUCCUACCCACUUCGUCGAUCCAAAAUACGUCGGAUCCAAGGCUUGACAUACCCGUUGCUGAUAGCGGUGAAGAACCAUCAAAUCUCGGUGGACGUUUCUCUAAAUCAUCGAUCGAAAGAGAACGCAUUCUUCAACGUCGAAAGGAACACAUGCGUUUGACAGCACGUAGAAGGUAUCUCGAGAAAUAUCGAAAAUCAGAUGGUGAUUCAACUACAUCAACGUUAUCAAUAUUAUCUUCUUUAUCAUCAUCGUCGUCAUCAUCAUCAACAAAAACAACCAUGACGACGACGACGAAGACAACAAUGACGAGUUUGGAAACAGAAAGCGACAUAGUGAUUACCCAGACGAUGUCUUAAAAAACGAGCUAACAAACCUAAACGGAUUUAUCUUUGGAAGCAAAUCAAAGUACGGAGAUUUAUAUAUUAGCUAAGAGCUAAACACUCCGCAAGAGGAAGAGGAAAAGGAAAAGGAAGAGGAAAAGGAAGAGGAAAUGGAAUAAGAAUAAAAAGAACGAGAAGGAAAAGAAAACCUAUAAAACAAAACCAAAAAAAAAAAAUGAAAAAAAAAGAAAAGAAAAGAAAUAAAUAAAAAAGAAACAAAAAAAAAAGAAUUAGUCUUUUCUCCGAUUGGAGAGACGCGAGCGAGAUGUAUGUGUUUGUCUCUCUGUCAAAGGCUCUCGCGCGCGCAUGCGCGCGCGUGCACGAUCGACCGGAAAUUUCUACAAAUGGAUUCUUCAAGAGAUAAUUUAGUCUUCUUACGAUAUAUAUAUAUAUAUAUAUAUAUAUAUAUAAAUAUAUAUAUAUAUUAUUUAUAUAUACAUAUACAUAUAUAUGUGUAUGUAUGUAUGUAUCUGUAUAUGUAUAUGUAUAUCUCUAUAUGUAUAUGAAUAUGAAUUUAUUCUUUAUAUAACAUUGCUGCUUCUUUGCUGAUUGAUGAAUAAUUUGUUGGCUAAUUUUCUUUUUUUUUUCUCUCUCUUUCUCUCUCUCUUUCUUUCUCUCAUUUUCUUUCUCCAUCUUUUUUUCUUUCUUUCUUUUUUUUUUAUAAUUUUCUUUUCAAUGGCAGGAAGCGUGCAAAUAUAUGCAAAAUACGUUGAGAAAGACGAGAGCACCUUGCCAAUGAUUGAAUGAUGAAUUAUGUAUAUCGAGAGAAGAGAUAAGAGGAAUCGACGGAACAGAUAGUUGGUGUAUUCUCUAAUCCGAGAUUAGAAUGAUGUUGUUUUCCUUGACUAUUAUAAGGUCCUUGAAAUCAUUGAGAUCGCGGCGAGAUUAAUUUUAGGCGGUCUUUAUUAUCUACGCACGUACACUUCAUGAAAUGGUACUUUUAAACUUAACGAUUGAUAUAUAUAUAUAUAUAUAUAUAUAUAUAUAUACGUGUGUGUGUGUAUGUGUGUAUAUUUAUAAUUGUCGAGAAAUUAUAAUUCUUUUUCAUUUUUUUUUCUUUUUUCUCUCUUUUUUUUUUUCUUUUCGUUCAUUCGUUUGUUUGUUUGAAGAUCGAAAGUAUCAUAAGUAGAAUAUGUUUAAUAAGACAGCAUUUAGGGGGUAAUGUUCCAUGCGCUUGAAAUACAGAUCAGAGAGAUUAUAUAUGUAGCUUAUAUACUCGCUUUCAAAUAUGAUCGUCUUUACAUGUUUCAAAUAAUACUUUAUUAUUCAUCGUUCUCUCUAGCUUCUCCUUAUUCUGAAACUCGUUAAAAAGUGACAAAAAAUGCUGCAUGUCAAUACGCUUUUCGAUGUUUUUCGUAGAUCAAUUUGAGAAGAUUUAUUAAUGUCAACAAAUAUAUAUAUACAUAUAUAUAUAUGUAUACAUACAUAUGUGUGUAUGCAUAUAUAUAUAUAUAUAUAUAUAUAUAUAUAUAUAUAUAUAUAUAUUGUGAUUCAUGUACAUACAUAUGUGUGUAUAUAUAUACGUACAUCACAUACAUACAUAUAUAUGUUUGUUGUAUACAUGUUUACGAGUUGAUCGGUAUCAAAAUAUAUUUUGUGCGAACGACGAUGAUGGCCGCUAUAGAAAGUCCAAUAUUUUCGGAAUAUGUGAAGAUGAGUUUAAGAUAAGAAAUGUCAAAAUUACGUCCAUUAUUAAUUAGGCUUUGUAAAUUAGAAAAAAGAAAAACAAUAUAAACAUUCGCUUUUCGAUUCCGCGUUUCAAAGAUCGCUCGUAAAGUAACUCUUUCCAUUUUCUUUUUUCUUUUCUUUUUUUAUUUUCAUUUUCAAUUUUACUCGUAAUUAUCAUUUUCAUUAUCGUUAUUAUUUCUUUCUUUCAAACUUUAUUGAAAUAAAUUGUGCAACAUAUAUAACAUAUAUGCAUAUAUAUAUAUAUAUAUAUAUAUAUAUAUAUGUUUGUAUGUAUGUAUGUAUUAAGAAUAACUCGACGCGUAAAAUUACAUAAAUUUUAUACAUUAGAUACGGUCUAUUUUUUUUUCCUUUAAGGAUGAUUUCAUGUUUAUUUCAUUUUAUUUUAUUUUUAUUUGUCUUCGUCCACUCUUUCUUUCAUAAAUUCAUUUCUUAUUAUACUCGUAUCAUUAAUCGUAAUUUAAAUGAUCCCGUGCCAAUAUGAUCCGUAAUGAGCAAAAGAAGUUUGCUGCAACCAGAGAAAUGUUUUAUCGAGAUGAAUGAUUUUAUUAAACUUUCUACUAAAUAACAUGCGUUAUUAUAAUCUCGCGUGAAGAUCAUUAUCUCGUUUGUAAGAGGAAAAAAAAACAAUAAUGAAAACAGAUAACGAAAAAAGAGGAGAAAUAUUUAUCGAUAUGCGAAUGAAAGUGAGUUCUAAGCUGUUGAUAAAAUGGUAAAAUUGAAGAUCGAAUGAGUCGUUUGCUUUUCACCGAUUACUAUAUACGUAUUAUAUAUUCUUAUUCUAUAUCGAGAGAAUAAAUUCGAUCGACAGAUCGAAUGUUAGUAACAUAUUGAAUUGUGUAAAAGACACAAACAUACAAACACACACACAUACACAAACACAUAUACAUACGCUUUAUUAUUACUAAUUGUUUCAUAUUAUAUACUCGAAGCAUCGCUAUAGUUAUCGGUCGAUCGAAAGCUUUGCAUAAUAUAUAAUCCGUAUUACUAUGUUUUAGUUUAUAUUUCGAUUUUCGUUCUACGUUUUUACAUAUACAAAUAUAUUAGGCAUUGUACUUGAAAAUUAAUAGUGCAGUUUGCGUAUUAAGAAAAAAGAAAAAAAAAAAAAGAAAAAAAUCCCAAAUAACAAAAAAAAAACGAAAAAAAAAUCAAACAAAAAAAAAACAAAUUGAAUUCACACUAAGGAGCAAAAUAUGCAGAUUGUUCGUUAACUUCAUAUUUGACAAACACAAUUUUAUUUUAAGUUAUAUGUACAUGUAAAACUUACAAACACGUACACACACACACACACACACAUUAUAUAUAUAUACACAUACACACACACACACAGACAGACAGACACAUAACACAAAACAUCUUGAAAAGACUUUUCUUGUUUUGAUGAAGUAUUUCGCAAAUUUUAUGACUUUUAGUUUAUUUAUUCUUAUAUUAAAAAAAAAAGAAAAAAAAAACCCUUACUUUUGUUAUAACUACAUAUUACGUUAACAACGAAUCAUAACUAUGUUUAUUGAGUUUCCUUGGCUGCUUAUGUGAUAUAAUUAAACUUCUUAUAGAUACACACUUACAUUUAUACGUAUGGUCAAAGAUAUAUAACGUGUAUGUCUGUAUGAUAUUCAUACAUUGUUUAAUAACUGGCUUUAAACUCAUACGAAUAGAAUAUUAUUUUAAGUUAUAGCAGUGUCCAUUCUUAUAUACCAUGUGGUUUUAUUUUUAUUUUUAUUCUUAUUAAAGAUGCUAUUUAUUUUAUAGUUUUUAAGUCACCCGUAGGUAGGAAAUAAGAUAUAAACAUGUUGUGAAGAAACAACUUUUUGUGUAUGGCAAUUCGCCAGGUGAAAUUUUAGCAUUUCCACUCUAGCUUUUAGUAUUAAAUCAGAGAUAAUGAAAUUACACAUUUAAAAGCUUUGAAAAUUGUUUCCGUUCAUCGAAUAAAUAAGAUAUUUAGUUGACAGAAAAAGUAAUCAAUUUCUUUGCCAUAUAUUUGGAUAUUUACUAUUUGAUAGUUUAUAUUUUGUAAGAUAUUCAUGUUAAUUUAUUUAUAAAUGUAUUUCUAAAAGCAACGAUUUGUACUCUUGCACCAUAUGAUUUUUCUCAAAAAUAUGAAACAUCUUUAACGGUGUAAGAACGAUCCUUCCGUAUAUGUGAAACUUAUGCACUUACGCGAUAGAGAUCCCCCUUUAAUGUCAUUGUAAAUAUGAGUUUAAAAUAUGUAUUAAAGCUAGAAACAUAAAGUUUCCUGUCCCCCAAAGAAGGUUGUAUGAAAAAUAAGACAAAUAAAAUGUAUUAUAGAUUGUCGUAGUUA